AAUACGGGCUGGUGUCUCGCGACCAUUUCGCCGAAGAGGGAAAGUAUGACUGUAACUGAAAGGAUUCAGUAAAAUACUUUAGAAUUGUCACAAUGUCUAAGCAAAGCAGCAUUUUCAGUUUUUUCUCUAAAUCUCCGCCUCUCGUUUCAAAAGUAAAACCUAGCCCAUCUCCGACCGAGGCAGACUUGCCGUCAUCGACCGGUAAAUCCAACUGUUCCCCGAAAGAAGAAGCAAAGCUAAGAGCACCACAGAACACUAAAAAGCCGCUGGAGAAACUGAACAGAACACCGGCUAAAGGAGGCAUCAGCAACCUUUUCACCGACAAAAAGCACUCUACUAAAGAAAGUCCAUCAUGUGCCUUCAGUGCCGGAGCUUUAGUGUGGGCCAAGCUGGAAGGGCACCCCUGGUGGCCAUGCAUGGUGGUGCCCCAGCCCCUGACUGGACAGCAAAUGCGUGGCCACGGCCGGAAGCAGCGCCUACACGUCCACUUCUUUGACAAGCCUCCAACACGGGGCUGGGUCAGUGUCCGGUACGUCAAGGAGUAUCAAGGAUCCAACAGCCCUGAUGCAAAGAGCGGAGGCAUGUUCUUCAGUGGGAAACCAGUGAUUCGCCAGGCGAUGGAACUGGCGGACAAAGCUCUUGCUGACAGCCCAGAGAAGAGGCUGAAGAUGACGGUCUGCACAGAUCCCUCUGAUGAAGAGGAGGAAGAAGAAGAAAUGGAGGUAGAUAAGUCCACAAUAACAGAUGAAGAGCUGACUGGGGAGGAGGAGGGAGUAGAAAUUAAGGCAAAAGCCAGUAGAUGUUCCACCAGGAGCAGACAGGGGGGAGAGCAGAAGCCCAAGAGACGUCGGAUUGUGGUGGCAUCUGAUAGCGAAGGCUCCGAUGAGGAAUUCAAGCCAGACCAGGCUGGUAGCAGCAGUGAGGAAGAGGAAGAUGUCAGCAGUGGGGUGGAUGAGGAGGAAGAAGUGAGUGAGCCAGAAUCUGAGCCAGAUAGUCCUGUCAAGCCUGUAAAGCGAAAACGGCCAUCUGAGAAACCGCCAAAGGCUAAAUCUACCCCUGCGCCAUCAGAAUCCCCCAAAAGUGCCUUGGCUAGUCUCUCCUCCGUCUCAGCCAAAACAAAGUCCAAGUUGUCAGCUUUCUGUGCUCCAGAGAGCUUUGAGAGCCAGGGGAAUAGCACAGGGGGAUUUGUGGGUGGAGGAAAUGUUUGGGACCACGAGAAGCUUGAGUGGCUGCAGGAUGGCAAGAGGAAGGAUGCCAAAAGGCGGCGACAGUCUGAUGAGGAUUAUGACCCCACAACCCUUUACAUGCCAGAGGACUUUCUGAACAGGUCUACACCUGGAAUGCGGCGCUGGUGGCAGCUCAAGUCAGAGAUGUUUGACACAGUCAUCUUCUACAAGGUGGGCAAGUUCUACGAGCUCUACCACAUGGAUGCAGUGAUAGGAUUCAAUGAGCUGGGCCUCACCUUCAUGAAAGGCACCUGGGCACACUCUGGCUUUCCUGAGAUUGGUUUCUCCCGCUUCUCUGAUGUCCUUGUGCAGAGGGGCUACAAGGUAGCUCGUGUGGAGCAGACAGAGACACCAGAGAUGAUGGAGGCACGCUGCAAGACCAUGGUACGGCCUACAAAAUUUGACCGUGUGGUACGGCGGGAGGUCUGCCGGAUUAUCACACGGGGCACACAGACGUACAGUGUGCUGGACGGUGCCCCCUCUGAGACCCAGAGCAAGUACCUCCUCAGUGUGAAGGAGAAGGCUGGGGAGGAUAGCUCAGGCUGCCAGCGCACUUACGGAGUGUGCUUUGUGGACACCUCUGUGGGCCGCUUUUGUGUAGGCCAGUUCCAGGACGACCGCCACUGCUCUCGCUUCCGCACGCUGGUAGCACACUUUCCUCCCACUCAGGUGCUCUUUGAGAGGAGUGGCCUCUCUGCUGAGACACGCAAACUGCUGAAGUCCUCCCUGUCCUCAGCCCUGCAGGAGGGGCUUGUACCUGGGACCCAAUUUUGGGAUGCUCCCAAAACCCUUAAGGUGCUGUCGGAGGAGGACUAUUUUACAGAAAGUGGGUCAAAAAGUGGAGGGACAGCUGGUGAGUUCCUCCCAUCAGUGCUCAAGGCCAUGACAUCUGGAAGUGACUCACUGGGCCUCACACCUGGUGAGGGCUAUGAGCUGGCCCUCUCUGCCUUGGGUGGCUGUGUCUUCUAUUUGAAGAAAUGCCUGAUUGACCAGGAAUUGCUCUCGAUGGCCAAUUUUGAGGAGUAUGUCCCUGUGGACGUGGAGAUCGAGAAGACAGCUGGCCCAGCCAGCUUCUUUGCUCAGACACGCCAGCGCAUGGUUCUGGAUGGGGUGACUCUGGCCAACCUGGAAAUCCUUCAGAAUAAUUCCACAGGGGGUUUGGAGGGGACCCUGCUCGAACGCCUGGACUCUUGUUGCACCCCUUUUGGCAAGCGGCUGCUGAAGCAGUGGCUCUGUGCCCCACUCUGCAAUCCUUCCUCAAUCAAGGAUCGACUUGAUGCCCUAGAAGACCUGAUGGGUGUACCAGCUCAAACCAGUGAGAUUGUAGAGCUGCUGAAGAAACUUCCAGACCUGGAGAGACUUCUGAGUAAGAUCCACAGCAUGGGGACCCCUCUGAAAGGCCAGGACCACCCUGACAGCCGUGCAGUUCUGUACGAAGAGAUCACCUACAGCAAGCGCAAGAUUGCCGACUUCUUAUCAGCACUAGAGGGCUUUAAGACCAUGCAACAGAUUGUGUCAGUCUUGGGAGCAGUGGCUGAGGGCUUCCGGUCUAAACUGCUUUGCCAGGUGGUGCUCAAGAAGACUGAUAGUGAAGAAGGCCUCUUCCCAGACCUUUCUGGGGAGCUCAAGCGGUGGGACACGGCCUUUGAUCACCAGAAGGCCCGCAACACUGGUGUCAUAACCCCCAAGAGUGGCUUUGACCCAGAGUAUGACCAGGCGCUGGCUGGAAUCAAGGAAAGCGAGCAGGCCUUUCAGGAGUACCUGGAUCGGCAGAAGAAGCGGCUGGGCUGUAAGAGCCUGACGUACUGGGGCACUGGUCGAAACCGCUAUCAGAUGGAGGUGCCUGAUAGUGUGUCAGACCGCAACAUCCCAGAGGAGUAUGAAGUAAAGUCCACUAGGAAGGGCUGGAAGCGGUACUGGACACGGGAGAUUGAGCGGCUCUUUUCAGAGCUACAGGGCUGGGAGGAGAAGAGGGAUGCUGCGCUCAAGGACUGCAUGCGCAGACUCUUUUACAACUUCGACAAGAAUUACAGAGACUGGCAAACAGCAGUGGAGUGCAUGGCUGUAGUGGAUGUGCUGCUGAGCCUGUCCCGGUACAGCCAAGGCGGUGAUGGGCCCAUGAGCCGGCCUGAAGUGUUGCUUCCAUCAGACACUCCUGGGUCCACACCUUUCCUGGACCUCAGGGGAUCCUGCCACCCCUGUGUCUCCAAGACCUUUUUUGGUGAUGACUUCAUCCCCAAUGACAUUGCUAUUGGCUGCACUGGCACUCAGGAUGAAGAUGAAGAGAGGGGAGAGGCAUCCUGUGUACUUGUUACUGGGCCAAACAUGGGGGGCAAGUCCACCCUGAUGAGGCAGUGUGGGCUGGUGGUGAUCCUAGCGCAAUUGGGCUGUUACGUGCCAGCAGAAAGCUUGCGCCUGACCCCUGUGGACAGGAUCUUUACCCGGUUGGGUGCUUCAGACCGCAUCAUGGCAGGUGAAAGCACUUUCUUUGUAGAGCUGAGUGAGACAGCCAGCAUCCUGCACCAUGGCACCAGACAUUCUUUGGUGCUCCUGGAUGAACUAGGUAGGGGCACCGCCACAUACGACGGCACAGCAAUUGCCAGUGCGGUGGUAAAGGAGCUGGCCGAACACAUUCACUGCCGCACACUCUUCUCUACCCACUACCAUUCCCUAGUGGACGACCAUGCCCAGGACCCUGCCGUGAGGCUGGGUCACAUGGCAUGCAUGGUGGAGAACGAAUGUGAGGAUCCCAGCCAGGAGACCAUCACUUUCCUCUACAAGUUCAUUCCGGGAGCAUGCCCCAAAAGCUACGGGUUUAAUGCCGCCCGGUUGGCCCGCAUCCCAGAGGAGGUUAUUCAGUUGGGACACAAGAAGGCCAGGGAGUUUGAGAGGAGCACCAUUGCCCUUCGGGUUUUCAAGCAACUCUGUGCAUUUGCUGACAACUGCAAGGCUGACACUGGACGUUUCAUCGCAUUGGUUCGGAAGAUGGGUGAAAUCUGACAGCAUAGUGGUUUGGUUUCGCUCUCCUUUCAUCUUCCUUACACAACACACUUAUCUGUUCACAAAAUGGUUCACUACUGAAAUGAACUAAUAAACUUUAUUUUAAAAAUGACCAUUUUUUUCCUUUGUCUAGGAAAUUAAACUUUUAAUUCAUACUAGCAUCUACAUAAUGGUUAUUGAAUACUCCACAAUAUAUUAAGUCUAGAUGUUAUGGUACAUGCAUACAAUCCAGGCUGUAUGAGAACCCACAGUCACCAAUACACAUGGAUGAAAAAAGCUAUGAAACUGUAUACAGCUGUAUAGGUACUUGUCUUAGCUUCAAUAUAGCAAGAAGCUCCAUCUCCAGCAAUGUAUUUACACUUGAAAAAACCCCCAUUGCCUUUACUUUUAAACCAUAGGAUAGUUCUCAAGACUGGCUUUAGUUUUCCCUCCACACAGAUUUAGGAGUCUUUGCAAGGUGUUCCUGUUGACACCAAAUGUUACAGAAACCAGGCUCCUGCAAAACAGCCAUCAUGACAGUUAAAGUCAGUAACAUUGCUGGAAGAAAUUAGUGUUAUGUUUUAAACUUUAUCCUCUUUCACAGAAAGAACUUAGAUACUGGGACAUGAGUAUAAUUACAGCAAAUGUAAGGGUAUGCGCUACUCAAAGAAAAUAUAAUGGACAUUCAAGUACAGUAAUAUUUUUGCUUGAAAUACAAAACUACAUGAGAAAGCAUUAAAAUCAAACAUCUCAAUGUUUUUAAAAAUAAAAAAAAAAGCGAAGUGCUAGGUCACAUUUUACCAUACAUAUAUAUACCACCGCAACAUUUGCCCAUGAACAGGUCCUAGGGCAGCAGUCUGGGUGCAGCUCUGCGUCUGGUGCAGGAACAGCUGUUAGGAGGAGGGCUAUGGCUCCACUUGCAUAAAGGAAAAAAAAAAAAAAAA